UCGGCGAUCGGUCGAACGAAGUGUGGCAGACGCUUGCGUCUCAUGACAAGGAGAGGAGCUCCGAGUGUACCGUGCUGCGUUAUCGUAGAAUGGCAACACACACAGGGCGUGUCUUCGACAGAAAUGCAGCGAUUCUUGAUUUCGUUUCUUGUUCUUUUAUGGGGCUUUGGUUCGAUCGUGGUAUACAUAUAGUAGCUACAAAAAUUGGCACAUACUCUUAUUUCCCAAUGAAGCGUUUUUAUUAUCAAGUUCCACAUUUUAUUUUUAAAGUACCAAAUUUUUGUAGUCAUGUAAAAUACAUAUUAUUUAUUAAACUUGGAUCUGAUUAAUUGGUAUGUAAAUACUAUAAUGAAUACAAUGGUGUGCCAAUACUUUUUAUAGCAACUGUGUAUGAGAAAUAACAAGAUGAUAGACACAUUUUUCGAAUCUGGCGUGGUGGAGGAACGCGCGAUGAUUCUUGAUAUUCUCAACCAGUGCACCCGUAAAAUUAUAUUACACGAUGCACACGGUACACACCGGGAUUGUCGUCGCGUGCCUAUAAUUUCGUACUCUCUCCCCACUCUGAUUCGCCUCUAUUAUUUUCUAUUUUCCCCCAUUCUGUGCGUUUCGUGCUUUCCUUCUGCAUAAAAGCUUUGAGUUGCUCUCCGUGUUCUUUCAGUACUUGAAAAAAAUUUCAUUUGUUUAAUAUUACUGUGAUAUUACCGGUGAACGAUCGUACACUCGUGCAAUAAUCACGCUUGAAAAUGAUAGUUCAGAUUUGGUAAUGUUCGGUGGUCGUACACACAAGGAGGAAUGUCCCGCAACACUGGACCUGGUUUGUAUGAAUUCCUUAUGGAAGCAGAGCUCCAGCAAUAUUAUCCUGGGAUCCGAGGGGACUUAAAGGUACAGACAACUGCUCAAUUGAAAUAUGUAACGGAGGAGGACUUGAAUGCCAUUGGAAUGAGCAAACCAGAAAUGCGUCGUUUAAAAAAGUAUUUUCAGAAACACUUUCCACAAAACUAUCUAUCCAAAUUCAAAAAGAUGUUGUUACCAAAACGGGAAGAACCAACCACAGGUGCUUUAACUAUGUUACCAGAAGAAAGGCAAGAUAAACCACCGAUUCGUGUUCCUAAUAAGUACAUGAUACCAGCGGAUGCGAUCAUCGUGAACAAAGAACUAGGGACUGGCGAGUUUGGAGUUGUUCAACAAGGCGUUUGGACGAACGACGGAGAAAGAAUACAAGUAGCGAUUAAGUGUUUGUCACGGGAAAGAAUGCAAAACAAUCCGAUUGAAUUCUUGAAAGAAGCAGUCAUAAUGUAUGCGAUAGAUCACGAGCAUAUCGUAAGAUUGUAUGGCGUAGUUUUGGAUACAAAUUCCUUGAUGCUCGUCACGGAGUUAGCACCUUUAAGAUCGUUACUAGAAUGUCUAAAAGAACCUAGUUUACGUACCAGUUUCCCUGUUCUUUCGCUAUGCGACUUUGCUGUGCAAAUCGCAGAUGGAAUGCAAUAUUUAGAAGCUAAAAGACUCAUACACAGGGAUCUUGCUGCCAGAAAUAUUCUAGUGUUCUCUAAGAACAAGGUCAAAAUAUCUGAUUUCGGUUUGUCUCGAGCUUUAGGAGUUGGAAAAGACUAUUAUCAAACGAAUUUCAAUGUAAAUUUGAAAUUGCCAAUAGCAUGGUGUGCUCCAGAAUGUAUAUCGUAUUUAAAGUUCACUUCAGCGAGUGAUGUAUGGGCCUAUGGAGUGACUUUGUGGGAGAUGUUCAGCUAUGGUUUUCAACCAUGGGCCGCGUUGACGGGUCAUCAAAUUUUAGAAGCGAUAGAUGAUCCCAAUUUUCAAAGAUUAGAACAACCAGAGUGUUGCCCAAAGGAGUAUUUUUCACUCAUGCAACAGUGUUGGCAACACGAGCCAUCCAAACGACCAAAGUUCUCUGAGCUGAUUAAUCUUUUGCCUGACUUGAAACCGGAACAGGUUCAAGCUGUUCAAGAUAGUACAGAAACCAGUCAACUUGUUUACAGGCAAGGAGAUGUUAUUACUGUUCUUGACAAAGGAAGUAGUAACACCAUGUGGAAAGGUGUUUUGAAUAAUGGAAAAACUGGCUUUUUCAAUCCUGCUCACACAAUAGCAUAUCUUGGAUCUAAUUUACCAAGUAACAAGCCAGGUGAAUUCACACGUGGUGAUGGAAAGAACGCCUUUUCUUCUCAGAGACGAAAGAUCCGAACGGACAUGAUUUCCUCUCCGCAAGGUGAUUUGAAACAUACUGGCCAUGUCGGACUGGAUGGAGCUUAUUUUGGCGAUAUUGGCUUCCUUGGUGGCAAAUAUCCACACCUACCACGACAAGUAGUGACACCGUACAAACCACAAGAAGAUGUAACGGAUAAUUCUAGUCAAACUUUGAAUCAGGAUACGAGAAGCGCGGAGACGAACAGAGAAUUAUUGAGGGAUUAUAGAAAUGCACAACAGGAUGUUUCAAAUAAACACGAAAGUCUGUGGUCAGACGUAAAUUCUGAAAUAUGUCAUGCUGCUAAUUCAAGUAAACAGUCUGUUCCGUUAAAUGUGGCUGGCAAUAACGAUACUCUUGGAGCGGAUCAUGAGUAUCACGAGAUCAGUGAUGAAGAAAAUCAAGACAGCCCUUUGAGAUUCGACAAAACGUUGAAUUUUGAUUUCGGUCCAAGUUUGUUGGCUGAAAUGGACCAAAUGUUUAGAUCACUAGGAUCUUCUCCUCCUCCACCACCUCCAGUUCAUCCCUUAUCAACCGAACAUGAAUCGAGCAACGUUCGAAACGAACUGAGGGAAAUACAGGCGAAACAGAGCAAUAAGAAGAAACAGGCCACCGUGAGUCCAAUAAAUGUGAAGCCUAUCUCAGCCGCCGAUCAGAAAACUCUCUACUCAGCCAUUGCUAUGGCACAGGAAUUGACAGCACGUUCCAUGACAGACCUUGAACAUCCACCGGAGUCUCCCCGAACACCUGCCAGUCCUUCAAGACGCAGAAAGUUCUCUUUUAAGUUGCCACAUCAACACAGUCCCAAACCAGACAGACGACACUUUUCAGAAGAAGCUGCCAGUAUACCUGACAUACAGUGGUUGUGUUCAAGUUUGCAAUCACUUUCAUCCACUGUAUCUAGCAUAGAAUCACUUGGUGCACCAUCGACCUUGAAAUUACCAUUAUGGGACAAAGCGUCCGCUGAAUUUUGCUUUGCAAAAUCUAGGGAACUCUUAACUAAACCAACUGUGUGGACUUCCUAUAUGGACAUAGAAUUUGACGCACAUAUUCUUGACAAUGCAGCUACGAAACAGAAUUUGGUAAAGUCGACGGAAUUUCUGGAGAAUGGUAACAAGAAAGGCAACUUCAAUUGCGAUAGCGUGACGGACAUGAGUGGGAAAUUAAACGCUCUCCAACAAAGUAGAAAGGUACCCUCUCUUAGCAUAGAAAAUUCGAACUUCGAUUUUCCUCGAGAGCAAAAAAGAGUGUCCACUAGCUACGUGGAUCGUUAUUUCGAACAGCCAAAGUAUUUCGACGACGACAGUGCUCUUACAUGUCCUAGUGAGAAAGUAUUAUAUUUUGGCGAGGAUAAAUAUGAUAAGAUAAAUAAUUUGGAACAGCCAAACAAAUCAGUGUGCUAUUCGAACAUUCAGGAACAAGGUCCCAUGGCUGUGAAUAAACAUAAUCAGCAAGUGGCAGGCAAAUUUUCUAAUUGCGAUCAGCCAUUGAAAGAUAACGUGACAAGUUUUGAAGCACAAUGCGAAGAAAGUACCAGCUUCGACUUGAUGAAGGAGAAAUCCUCGAAUUUCAUUGAUUUUGGACGUAGCAAGCCUAUUAAGUUCGAUUCACCUAGAGAUAAGAUGGCUAUCAUGGAUUUGGGUACAAGGCCGAAGAUUUCUAGUUCUUUCAGUGAUUCUUCCAAGAUGAACAUACCCGAAUUUCCUAAAAAGAUUGACAUAUCAAAGUCAAGAGGUGGAAAAGUGCCAUUCGUACCUAGAAACCCGAGUCAAGAGGGCAAAAGCAUCAUUUAUGGAUCUACAGAUAGUAUAAAGACUAAUUUGAAAGUGGGAGGUGGAUCAGAAAGUCCGAGAGCAAAUACGGAAGCUAUGAGAAUUAAUAUCCAAAGUUUCCGCAAGAUAGAACAGAAUCAAAAUGGUCACGAUGCUUUUCCUUUUGUAAUAUCCAACAAUCCAUUGUUUAUUGCAGAGUCUGAGAAAAAAGAAUCCCCCGUUUACAGCAGCUCAGAGAGCCUGCGUGUCAAUUUUCAACGACUUAGAAGGAAAUCAGACGCGGAGGUGAAUAAUCAAGUGGAACUGAGCAGUAAACUUUUGGCAGAGAAGUAUCAGAAAGAAGUGUCAGGUUUGGAGAGUGUGAAAAAUUAUCUAGAUUCGAAGAAAGGUCAGGGAUUGAACCUGGGUCUAGGUAAACUGACUCAAAACAUGAUUCAAUUAGGCAAGAACAUUGCGCAAAAUUCAAGAAAUGUAGAAACUACUACGUCAAAAUCGUUAGUCACCAGUGUAAGGAAUUUUGACAUAUCUGGCCAAACUCAGACGCCUCUGAGAAGCUUAAAUAUUCCUAUACAAAAGCCUAAACACUUGGAUUUGAAUAUUCCUCUUCAGUGUCAAUCACAGAUCAGCAUGAAACUGAAUCUGACUUCGCAGAAAACAAAUCCUCCUCCAUCUAGUCCCAAUUUGCAUCAGCAUAUUCUGGAGCCACCAAAACUCUAUCAGAAUGACAAUACGAGAAGGGAAUUACCCAAGACUGAUACACUUUUGGAAAAGAUGUCUACAGUUACUAACAUAUAUAGGCACAGAACGUCUUCACUGUCUGAGAACAGGAAGCCACCUAUUAAAAAUAUAAGGAGAUCCUUUCAUCCUACCAAUGAUUCUAGCGAGGAUUCAGAUUCUAUUUCUCACUCAGAAACAGAUAUACGGAGCCGUUUGCGCUAUAAGCGCCGCCAUAAGAAGCUUCCACAUAACCUGCGAUUGAAUUUCAAGAAUAAAACCCAUUUUUUGCAUCCGGAGACUGCCAGGGGAUUCUCGUCGAUAGAACUUUGCGGAAAAUCACCGCCUCCAUCGACGAGCUUUUUGAAUUCACUAUCACCACCUUUCUCUUCAAGAAAUAACCUGCUUUCUUGGCCAGAAAGUGCUCCCAGUUCUAGUCUGACAUUCACCAGUAACUCUGAUCUGGAUUCUGAUACUAGCUCAGAGUAUCCGGAGUUCACGAACGACCUAUUGACCUUUCCGCCAUCCCCUGCCCCAUAAACAUCUAAGAUCCUGAUCUAUAAUGCUUUCCACCUGAUCUUGGAACCAGAUAUCUGUAAUAUGUCAUCAUUGAUAUGCCAAGUGCAUGUUCUUGGCAGAAAUGUAUGGGAUGGCACCAGAGUUGGGCAGAACUAUUUUUGAUUCCUUUUAGAUUAACCUUCAUUGAAUGUUCAUGUUAUCUGAUUAACUGAUUGAUGUACAGGGUGAAUCCUCUUGUCAGUUUACUCAAAAUAAUACUGUUAGAUUGUCAACACUGUUUUUGAGUUAACUACAGCUUUUGAGAUGAUCACACUACAGUAGUAAUUGCUGAUGUUAA